UUUCAUGGUCAUCAGAAAAAACCGGUUAUAAGGUUAUAAGGUAACCGGUAUAUAAGCUUGAUCAUUCGUAUAUAUAGAUAUUGUCGAUCUGUCUUGUUGCAAUAUUACAAUUCUAAAAAAGUGUUACUUUACAAAAAGAAUUACUUUCUUUUAAAAAAUGUUUUUCGCCAUUUUUGUUUUCGGUCUUAUUGCAGUACAUGUUGCAGCGAAAAUACCUUCAUAUAUUAAUGUAUGUGGCCGCAGAGAUCCGAAUAUUAAUCAAUGCAUCUUGGACAAUAUCAACAAUUUGAAAAGUAAAAUCUGCGAAGGAUUACCAGACCUAGAUAUUCCACCAAAUGAUCCAUUUAUCAUCGACAAAAUAGUCAUUUCUGAUACACCCAAUAUUAAAUUAUAUAUUAGAAAUGCGCAAAUAUCAGGCUUAUGCGAUUUUACCAUAAAAUCCCUUCAUGCAGAUAUUGAUAAUCUUAACUAUGAUGUUGAUCUCUUAUUUCACGAAAUUCGAGGAAAUACAACUUCUGAUUUUAACAUAUCUUUAUUAUCAACACCCAUCGCUUAUAAAGGACAACUUUACAUUGUCGCAAAUAAUAUAGAAGCAAAAGUACAUUUGGAUUUUAAAAUAGUAACUAAUAAUGGCAAAAGAUACACGUACUUGGCAAAAAUGAAGUUAAAUCUCAUUAUAAACGAUCACGACGUCCAAUACAACAUUGCAGAUGAAAAACAAACUACUCAAUUAAUUGAAAUUGUUCAAAACUUUGUUGGUAAUAAUAUAAAGGAGAUUAUAGAAGUUUUUAAACCAUCACUAGAAGAGAUAGUCAUUAAACGAAUUAUAUCGCUUGCCAACGACAUAGUUAAACAUUUUACUUAUGAGGAACUUUUUCCCGAACGAUCUUAAAAUUUUAAUAUUUUAUUUAGAAGAUUAUUU